AUGGACCACGAUGAGCGGAAGCCUAUGGGACAUUACAAGGUCAACCUAAUAAAUGGUUGGUAUGACUGCGGAAAGUUUCAGACAUAUCGUGUCCCUUGUUCACAUGUUAUCGUUGCAUGGUCUAAUGCGUGCCACAAAACUUAUGCCCUUUUCUCCAACGUUUACAAGGUUGCAAACCUGUUUGGGGUUUACAACACAAGCUUUUCAGUGUUGUCAUACAGUGAAUAUUGGCCCGUUUAUGAAGGAGAUCAAAUUUUCCAUAAUCCAAGAAUGCGGAGGAACAAGAAAGGUUGUCCAAUGAGCACACGUAUUAGAACGAAAAUGGACAUCGUUAAUAAGAUGGAGAGAAAAUAUUUCAUGUGUCUUCUUCCUAAUCACACCCAAACUCAAUGUCCCAAUGUUAGAACUAGUAAUAGUUAG